AUGCAUGUGUUGCCAAUAACCGUGCUGUUACUUUCGAUCGUGCAUUCUUGUCUUGGAGUUUGUACAACCACGCCAAUUCAGCAUGAGGUCACAGACUUCAAAAGAUUACGAUAUUUCUGUGAAUACCAUCACUACGACAAAAUGAUGGGGCUGACCAAAAUCAAGCUUCGUCACGGAUCAAUAUUUGAAACUGUUGAUUCAUGCCAGAGAUGUCGAUGUACCCAGAACGGACUAGAUUGCUGCGAAGCUGGAUUAAAGAUAGAUGUACCACCAGCAUCCAUCCCGAUUGAAUGUCAUGUUAUUGAGGACGGGUGUGACCAGUAUUUGGUAUUAAAGUCGGACAACAUCACUGACUGUGCCACUGGGAGACCGGCUAGAAUUGUACGACAAGAACAAAUGGCUGAAGACAGUCGAAGGCAAUAUAUUGAAGAAAUUCUGUAUAAGGAGACAAUGAGAGCAGCUGGUUUAUCUAAUGGGGCAAAUGCUGAUGGCGAGGGAAAUCCGUUCCAACAAUGGAUCCUUUUGGACUACUUCCUUAAUGACGCAUUUGUCGGACGUAUUCCAUCUCCAGUUGAACAACAAAAUACUCCUGGAUUGUCCUUUUCCUCGCCAGUCAAAGCAAACUUAGCUGAAUCGAGUCUAGGCGCAGUUGGUAAAGAGGUGAUUAACAAACUUGGAGGACCGGAAGCUGCUCGCACAGCGCUGAUGAACAGGAUAAAAAAGGCUAAAACUGGUGUUUCAAUAAACCCAAAGCCUAUCGACGACAACAUGGGACUUCUUUUAGUAUUGUCACUUUUAUCGAAUUAA